AAAGAAAAUGAAUGUGAGAGGACUCACAAUAUCACAAGUGAAGAGUCAUCUCCAGGUUUUAACAUAGAUAUAGCAAUAUCAUUUAAUAUCUACCUAUCACUAUAUAUGCAUCAUAUAGUGUCAUAUUUUUGGCUUGUGUAUUUAAACCAACUUUAUUUUAUUUGCCUUGAAAAGAUGUACAGACAGGAAGAGCGCAAACAAGAGGAGAUGCAAGCCAAUUUGAGGGAUAGACUAAUAAGAGAAGUGAUUUGGAGGCAAACACAGUUACACCUUCGUCAAUAUGAACGUCUUCAAAAAAUUGUCAACCCUAUCCCAAAGCAACAAAGUCAAGAAGAGGAGAUGCAUAAAAGCAUAAUCGAAGUUGGAGAAUCAAGUAAUGGGACUAGAGAAGUUUCUUGCAAGUGUCUCUAUCAAUCAUCAAAGAUUGGAGUGAAUGGAAUUGGGGGAAAUGAAGAGGACAAUGGUGCUAACAACAAUGAUGGUACUAAUGCUGAGAGUGUGUCCCUUGAGGCUUGAGCUCAAUCUUGGUCUCAAGUACUAAAGCUGAUUUAUCUAUCUUUUAUGUUCUGUGGUCAAAAAUAAAAGCUGAACGAUCUCUU